UGUGUUCUUAAGGAACAGGUCGAAAACAGGCUGGUCCUGGGCUGGGGUUUGUGGGUGUGUGCGUUGGUGUCGGCGCAGGGCGUGGGAGCCGUUUCUUGGGGCCUGGGAGGGUUCGUUUCUGGACCGGUCUUAGCGCAAGGACAGGAACACGGUUUGUUGCGCAGGGAUGGGGGAGCGAAUGCGUUAGCCGGGGAGGAGCGAGGCGCUGCUGUUUCUUCCGCAGACCGGUGGUACAUCUCUCUGCGGUCCGGGGUGCAGCACAGAGCUGCUGGAAACCAUCUAUCUAUAUAUAUAUAUAUGUUUCCUUCCCCCGGCCCCCGAAAUCGGAGAUGCAAACCAGCUCCAUGUAAAGGGCAUAACCUUCAGUAGUGGAACAAAUCCGUCCAGCAAGCAAGCUGCCAAGUGCUGCUUGCACCUUGUCAAGGAGAACAGCUGGGCCCAUUUUUAAUCAGCACUUCCCAGCACAACACCUCUGGGUCACUGAAGGAGACCAGGCCGGAGUUUGAAACUUUCCAAAGACUUCAAAUAGACAUUGAGCACAAAGGGAUAGGUGGUUUCUUUUUGUGCAAAUCUUGUCGAUUUGAGAAACAAGGAUAACAGUUGUGAUUUUCACCCAAGAAGUUGUGUGAAUAUGUUCACCCUUCCAUUCAUGUAACGAAUGAUGGUUAUCGGAACAGCCCUAACAUCUACUACAGGGCAAGAGAUAUAGCUCAAGAGGCAAGCAUACACCCCCGGAAUCAAGGAAUGGAUAGCUACAGGUAUCAGGACAACUACGAGGGCUAUGCCCCCAGUGAUGGCUAUCACCGGGGCAAUGAGUCCAACCCAGAAGAAGAUGCACAGAGUGACGUUACAGAAGGCCAUGAUGAGGAGGAUGAGAUCUAUGAGGGAGAGUACCAGGGCAUCCCUCAUCCAGAUGAUGUCAAGACCAAACAGACCAAGAUGCCACCCUCUAGGGCAGAUGGCUUUCGAGGCCAGGAUGACCUUAUGGCAGAGAGAAUGGAAGAUGAAGAGCAGUUGGCCCACCAGUAUGAGACCAUCAUUGAUGAGUGUGGCCAUGGGCGCUUCCAGUGGACCCUCUUUUUUGUCUUGGGUUUGGCCCUGAUGGCUGAUGGAGUGGAGGUAUUUGUGGUGAGCUUUGCCUUGCCCAGUGCAGAGAAGGAUAUGUGUCUGUCUAGUUCCAAGAAAGGAAUGCUUGGGAUGAUAGUCUACCUGGGAAUGAUGGCAGGGGCCUUCGUCCUUGGAGGCCUUGCCGAUAAGCUGGGAAGAAAGAGAGUCCUCAGCAUGUCUCUGGCCAUCAACGCCUCCUUCGCCUCCCUCUCCUCCUUCGUGCAGGGAUAUGGAGCCUUCCUCUUCUGCAGACUCAUCUCAGGCAUAGGUAUUGGAGGCUCCCUGCCAAUUGUUUUUGCCUAUUUUUCUGAAUUCCUAUCUCGGGAGAAACGAGGCGAACACCUUAGUUGGCUGGGUAUCUUCUGGAUGACUGGGGGCAUCUACGCAUCUGCCAUGGCCUGGAGCAUCAUUCCACACUACGGUUGGGGCUUCAGCAUGGGGACCAAUUACCACUUCCAUAGCUGGAGAGUGUUUGUCAUCGUCUGUGCGCUGCCCUGCGCCGUGUCCAUGGUGGCCCUGAAGUUCAUGCCAGAGAGCCCCAGGUUCCUGCUCGAGAUGGGUAAACAUGACGAAGCCUGGAUGAUUCUCAAGAAAGUCCACGAUACCAACAUGAGGGCUAAGGGGGCCCCUGAGAAGGUGUUCACGGUUUCCCACAUCAAAACUCCCAAGCAAAUGGAUGAAUUCAUUGAGAUCCAAAGUUCAACAGGCACUUGGUACCAGCGCUGGCUAGUCAGGUUCAUGACUACUUUCAAACAGGUCUGGGAUAAUGCUCUGUACUGUGUGAUGGGUCCCUACAGAAUGAACACCCUGAUUCUGGCUGUGGUAUGGUUCACCAUGGCUCUAAGUUACUACGGCCUCACGGUGUGGUUCCCCGACAUGAUUCGGUAUUUCCAGGACGAAGAAUACAAGUCUAAAAUGAAGGUGUUUUUUGGUGAGCACGUAUAUGGUGCCACAAUCAACUUCACCAUGGAAAACCAGAUUCACCAACAUGGGAAACUUGUGAAUGAUAAGUUCAUGAACAUGUAUUUUAAACAUGUCCUCUUUGAAGACACAUUCUUUGACAAGUGCUAUUUCGAAGAUGUCACAUCCACUGAUACUUAUUUCAAGAACUGCACCAUUGAGUCGACUGUCUUCUAUAACACAGACCUCUACAAGCACAAGUUCAUCGACUGUCGGUUCAUCAACACCACGUUUCUGGAGCAGAAAGAGGGCUGCCACAUGGACUUCGAGGAAGACAAUGACUUUCUGAUUUACCUCGUCAGCUUCCUGGGCAGCCUGUCUGUCCUGCCUGGGAAUAUCAUUUCUGCCCUGCUCAUGGACAGAAUUGGGAGACUGAAGAUGAUUGGUGGCUCCAUGCUUAUCUCUGCGGUCUGCUGCUUCUUCCUGUUUUUUGGCAACAGUGAGUCUGCAAUGAUCGGCUGGCAGUGCCUGUUCUGUGGGACCAGCAUCGCGGCCUGGAAUGCUUUGGAUGUGAUCACAGUGGAGCUGUAUCCCACCAACCAGAGGGCAACAGCCUUUGGCAUCCUCAAUGGAUUAUGCAAAUUUGGUGCCAUCUUGGGAAACACUAUCUUUGCUUCUUUUGUUGGAAUAACCAAAGUGGUCCCCAUCCUUCUGGCUGCUGCUUCUCUGGUUGGAGGUGGCCUUAUUGCCCUUCGACUGCCAGAGACUCGAGAACAGGUCCUAAUGUGAACAGCCCAUGGGGUGAAAAUGAUAGAAGAGAUCUUUUCAAGAUACUUCAGUGCAGCCACAUUUCUUGCCUACUGUUGUGCACAGUACACCUUGUUCAGCACAGGAGACUGUAUGAUCUCUAGUUCAGAACCCACUUCAGCUGUCAAUAUGUUUGUAACUCAGGUGACUGAUUUGGCAUACCCAGGAACACCCUUAAGAUCUCAGAGAUGUUCACUUGGCUUCAGGUCUACCCAUUCAAGUCAGGGGGAGGACCCUCCAGAGAGUGACUACAUUAAGCAAGGAGAGUGCAUUUCCCUAAAUUAGGUGUAAGGAAUUAUAUGUAUUUCACAAUGAAUUUGAGCAUGAGGAACAUCCAAGAUCCUAUAUAAUGCUCCUUGGAGCCCAGUGACCUAGCACACUGACUUGGUUGGAAGUUAAGGUUAUCACAUGAAUAUUGGGCUUAAAGAACAGGACACACAUAUAUUUUUUGCACUUGGAAGUAUCACUAUCACAUUUUCCACUUGAAAAUUGGAAACAGUAGUAUUGAAGAUAUUACCAAUAUAGAAAACCAAAUAUUUAAGCAAAGUCUAUAGAGAUUGAUUUUUCCCCUUAAGGAGCCUCAGCUUUCUAUGGUGAACUGGUGAUACACUUAAGAAUCAUAUUUACUCUUGUUUUUCUCUAUUCAAAAACCUUAAUGGGACAGAUAUUCUGUAAACUGUUUGUAUAAUACUGUUCUAGAGUUUUAUUUCCACAAAUGAUAGCUGCAAAUAUUGCCAGAAUUUUAGCCAUACCUUGGUUUUUGUGGUCCCAGGAAGCUGAACUGAAUGACAGGCAAGCACCGUUUCUUAUAGCCAUUUGACUUGCUGUCAGGAGGAUGCACCCAGCAAGCCAUGUGCCAUUUCUUAUAAUCCAAGAACUUUUCUUUGGCAUGGGUGGAGUGGUUUCUUUUCUCUCUUACAUUGAUGACUUGGGACGCUCAGGCUCAAGGGCUUCAGUACUGGCAUCUGAUGUUGCUGUUCACCCAGAAACAAGAGGAGACAAGAGGACCCCUAGACCUCUUAAUGUACAAGAGCAUUGAAAUUGGUAGGGAAGCAGAACCAUAGAUCUUCACAGCAUGAAUUCCUUCUGUUUCUUAGCAAGAAAACUUGAUGCCUAUUGGUUGUGAUGGUUACGUCCUGUGAAGCAUCUGUGCUGUGUGUCCUGGUCUAGGGAUUUGGGACACGGGCCACUGACAUGAAAUUUAGAGGAUAUGAUGGAUAUUGAAAGUAUUUUUCUUCAGUGCACCAAGAAAGUUCUUUCCUGAGAUCCCUUUUGGAGCAUGAACAGUGCAAUGGAUGAAGUGGAGGAAUGCAGGAGAAACUGCUCUGGCAAGGGUCCGCAGUACACUGAUGUCUUGACUUGGUGCAGCACCAAUGUUUUAUCAUCACAACUGUCUAGAAAUGGAAGAGACAUGGAAGAAAGCUAAGAGUUCCUGACACUGGAAGUGGACUUUCCCAGGCCAGAUGAACAUUCAUUAGUCUGCAAAAAUUAGCUCUCUGACUUUAUUUGCAGCAAGCUCUAGAUCUAAAACGUGCUAAAUGUUGUCUAUUAGAAAUCUCCAAAAAUUUAAAACAAAGUGAUGUGUCAGUUGUGAAGAAAUGCUUAGGCCAUCUUUCUGUCAUCUUCUGGAAUACAGGGUGGCAGAGAGAAAGAAUACAUUUUAUGAGAUUUUCCCACCCUCAAUUUGAGAUCAGUUUUCCCGGUUAAAUAUUUUAAAAUGUUAACCUCUCUUGUGCCCAUCUUUUGUUCAAGCUACUCUUUCUCCUGUAUGGGAAAGAAGAUGAAGCAGCUCUGAUAUGACACCCUGAUUCCCCUAAAUAUGAAUAUGAAUAUAUAU